CCCGCCCCGCCGCCUAUACACGGUGAGGAAACGUCAGAGAACUUGGCCGUGUCGGUAACGUUUAUCCGCCCUUAAAGUCCACCUGUGCUGCCGUGCCCGAGUCUAGGUCACCUGGAGGAUAAUUAACACCCAAAGUCUUACCUCCGCCCCCCGCCGCGCCCCGUACCACCCCCUGGGGCUCUAAAAUGAGGUGUGCCCCUGAGGAUCGUCUGCACUGAGAGCCACAGCAUCCCUGACCCAAGAGAAAAAGCAAGUGUCACCAUGGCCAAGAGCAUCACCAAGGAAGGGGACAAUCUGGAUGGGCUGGAGGGAGAAUUGCUGGCUCUCCACACCUCAGAGAACUCAGAAAAUUACAUCAUUGUUGACAUCGGAGCUAACCUCACCAACAAGAAGUUCACAAGGGACCUAGACUCCGUGGUGGGCAGAGCUAGAGAUGCAGGAGUUCACAAGAUCAUGGUAACGGGCACGACAGUACAGAGCAGCAAGGAAGCACUCCGCCUGACUCGCCUCUUCCCUGAGACUCUGUACUCAACUGCAGGAGUGUGUACAACAAUCAUAAAAUCAUGGGAUGGGGAAGGGAAUGAGGAGACAGACUAACUAACAGACAACCAAGCUGUGGUGGCUGUAGCUGUACUAAGUCUGGACUUUAAUCGAAACUUCUCCCCCCAAGACACUCAGCUUGAGGUCUUCCAGAGAGUCUCUAUGGCCUGCACCUUGAAGAAACCCCUCUUUAUACACGAACGAGAUGCCCACAAGGAGGUGCUGGAAAUUCUGGUGAAGUACAGGGGGCGCCUUCCUGCUGUUGUCAUCCACUGCUUCACCGGUGACGCCUCCCAAGCCGCCGCAUACCUCAAGGAGGGCUGCUACAUAGGACUCACAGGCUAUGUAUGGAAAGACAAGUCCGAGGACGGUGUGCGGCGCAUCCUGGAGGACGGCAUAGUUCCCCUGGACCGCCUCCUGGUGGAGACCGACUCCCCUUUCAUGUACCCCAACACUAGAGCCUCCAAGCUUCCUCCCUAUGUCAAAGAAGCUCUCACGGAAAGAUCUUUGACGUUUCUUCACCGUUACUGCACCUUUCAACGAAAUGAACCGUGCUCUUUGCCGGUAACCAUCGAGAUGAUCGCCGCUUACAUGAAGAAGAAGUCCGAUCAGGUGGCUCUUCAAACGACAUUUAAUGCCUUAAAGGUAUUUGGGUUAACCACUUGAAUUAAGAUAUUAAAAUUUGAUAAGUUCUGUACUGAAGCAUAUUUUAUGUACUCCAAGUCUUGGGAUGUUGUUCAGUGUUUUUAUUGUUGGUUUUUAAUCAUAAUGAAAAGUAGUUGAAAUUUUAUGCUUUGAAGUCGUUUCAUAUUAAUGAUAUUUCAUCUUGUCAUAUAGAUGCAUUUUCCUUAGUUAUAAUGCAGAAUUAUAUUCAGCUUUGUGGUUUUUGCCCAGAAAAACCAUCUUGUGCUGCAGCAAAGCAAUGCUUCUGCUGCGACAGUGAAUUUACUCAUAAUUAUGUAACCUGGUAGCUUGUGCUGAGUCAGUAAUGAUGUUUUUAUUAGAUGCAUAUUUUUGGUUCAGAAAAACUGUUGUGAAGGUAAGAUAUAUAAAUGAUAUAGUGUUGAGUUUUCAGUACAGUAAGUUACCGUUUUGAGUGAAAAGAAAUAUUAAAGGAAACCUUAUUUAUUAUAUGGUGCUUCCUUGGCUGUAGUAAUGAAUUGUUGAUUGUUGUAAUAGACAUCCAGCCACAAUUUUGUCCUGAGGGCCAGUAAUGCAAGAUUGUGGUGGCCAGUAAUGAAGUGAUACCGUGCUCUGUACACUAAUUGUGCUUGUGUUGCUUGAUGGCAGAUCAAUUAACCUAAAGAUAGUGGCUGUUUCAUUGCAAGGGUUGUGGUUCAUGUGGCAGGCCAAGGCUCAGACCACACCCGGGAGUGUUCUAGCUCCACUUGUGAUGGUGGAUAUUAUUGUUGUCUGAGAUGUUUGGAAAGAAGAGGUCCAACUAAUUACUAUUCAUUAAUCAUAAAAGUCACUUCUGUGGAAACUGCUACCCAUCAUUUGUUGUUCAAAAAGUUAUGUAUUGUGCUAUCGACAUAGACUUAAUUUUGGUUGCACUUUGGUCAUAAAUACUAAAUCAAAAAUUAAUAACUUAUUCCAUUUGGAAACACAUCUCCCAGAACUGUCUCUCAAGUGUAUUUUUUUUUUCCCCUUUUUGGUUUUCUCAGGAAAAGCACUAGUGAAAUUUUCAUAACUAACUUUUCUUCAUCACAUUAUAUAUAUAUAUAUAUAUAUAUAUAUAUAUAUAUAUAUAUAUAUAUAUAUAUAUAUAUAUAUAUAUAUAUAUAUAUAUAUAUAUAUAUAUAUAUAUAUAUAUAUAUAUAUAUAUAUAUAUA